AUUGAAUCAUUUAUUAAUUUUUUUUUCUACAAAACAAACAAACAAACAAACGGGUAUAUAUUUUGAAUUCAAUACGAAUGAUAUCAAAUGAGUAACAAUGUGGAGAUUUUUGUAAAUAAUCAUAGAGUAAAUCAAAAAUUUGGAAGUUUAAAUUAUAUAAAAUUUGUAAAACAUAAAAAUAAAUUAUUAUAUUAUGAAAUUCAACCAUUGGAACAUUUAAUAAAACAGAAUUCUAUUUGGAAUAUAAAUAAAACAUUAAGAAUAUUUACACAUUUUAUUAUAUUGAUUUAUAUUUCUGAAAAUAUUACCACAGUUAAUACACAAUGGUUUAAUUUGGAUGUCAUUAAAUCAUAUUUAAAUAUUACAAGUCCGGCAAAAAUAAUCGAACCUCCAAGUAAUGUAAAAGUAAUUAGCGGUGAAACUGCUCUAUUCUUCUGUCGAGUAAAUGGAAAUCCAACUCCUACAGUAAAUUUUCUUCUUGAUCGUCAAGUAAGCCGACCAGCACCUGGUGUAGGUGGCGUUUUGAAUAUUCCAGAUGGGAGUUUAUUGCGUUUAACUAAAGUACAUCGAGGACAAAAUGGUUUACAAGUUCAGUGUAUAACACGUAAUCAUGUUGGAGGUGAUAGUGCGUCAGCGUAUUUAACAGUUUAUGAUACUAAUGAUCGUAUACCUGAUGGUUAUCCAAUUAUACAUGUACCACCAAAAGCUAGUUCUGCAUCUGUUGGUGAUGUGGCCAGAAUGGAUUGUGAAGUAUCUGGUCAUCCACAGCCUACAGUAGUUUGGUUAAAAAAUGAAAUUCCUAUUCAAACAACCGAUAAACGUAUUACAUUUGUUGGAACUGGUUCAAUAUUAUUUGAACAUCUAUUAUUAUCAGAUGAAGGACAUUAUGAAUGUUUAGUUUCUAAUCAAGCUGGAUCAGUAUUAAGUUCAAAAGCUUAUUUAAGAGUUAAAAAUACUUAUUUUGUACCCAAAAUAAUUGAUAAAAUUGAUCAAAUUGGAGUACGUUAUGGACAUAAUGCAAAUUUAACUUGUCGUGCAGCAGGAAAUCCUACUACAACUACUAGAUGGCUUACUGAUGGUGAACGACCUAUAACAGAUUUUACUGAAGGUACUUCAACAUUAUAUCUAGCAGAUAUAACCGAACCUGCAAGAUAUAUUUGUGAAGCAAAUAAUAGUUUAGGAACUGUACAACAUCCUGUUAGAAUUCAAAUAAUCGAAGUUCCUCCACCGCCUAUCGAUUUAAUGUGUUUAGAAAAAGGGCCAACAUUUGCUUUUCUCCAAUGGUCACCAGCUAAACAAUCAGCUGAUAUUCAACAAACCACUACGACUACUACACGUACUGUUGAUUCAUAUACAGUAUUUUUAUAUGAAAUGGAGAAUGGACAAACAAUCACAAAUAAAAAACAAUUAACAGAUAUUCCAGCAAGACAAUUUCACCUACACGGUGCAUUACAAUAUAAAUUAACUGAUUUAAAACCAUAUACAAUGUAUAUGGUAGAGGUUUGUGCUGUCAGUAAUCUAUUGGGAAUGUCUGACCCAAGUAAUAAAGUAACUUUUAUAACGAAAGAAUUGCCCCCUAGUUCGGCUCCAUAUUCUGUUGAAACAGUUACCAUAACAGAUGAUUCAGUUUUAGUGAGUUGGAAGCCACCAAAAGAAGCGAAUGGGAAAAUUAUUGGUUAUAAUGUUUUCUACAACAGAAAUCCACAAGCUCCAUUAGAUCACUGGCAAAAAGUUGGUACACAAUUUGAAAGUGUCAAACUAGAAAAAUUGUUCACAUCUGAAACUUAUCAUAUUCGCGUGAGCGCCCAGAAUUCAGCUGGUGAUGGUCCUUUGACUGAUCCAUACGAAGUAUUAGUUAAGUUUGGAAUUCCUUCCCAACCUCGUGAAUUUACCGGUUUAAGCUUUAAUCCAAAAGAAAUACAUCUUAAUUGGAUAGCACCUAAUUUACCUGGAAAGAUUAGUUUACAAGAUUAUUUAUUGAAAUAUCGUUUAGCUGUUGACAUGAAUAUCGAUAAAGUAAACAACAACAACAACCUAUGGAGGUCAAGUUGUCAGCUGAUUUAA